GGAGGUGAAGGAGGAAGCGGGGCUCCGACCCUUGUAUAUGGAUCUCCGCAUGAACCCCCUGGAAGCCAUCCAACAGGAACUGGACACUGUGAAUGCUCAGGCUGACAGGGCCUUUCAGCAACUGGAGCAGAAAUUUGGGCGCAUGCGUCAUCACUACCUGGAGAGGAGGAACUACAUCAUUCAGCAUAUCCCGGGCUUCUGGGUCACUGCCUUUCGUAACCACCCGCAGUUGUCCCCCAUGAUUAGGGGCCAAGAUGCAGAAAUGUUAAGAUACAUAACCAAUUUGGAGGUAAAGGAGCUCAGACACCCCAAAACUGGCUGCAAGUUCAAGUUCUUCUUUCGAAGAAACCCCUACUUCAGAAACAAACUUAUUGUCAAAGAGUAUGAGGUCAGAGCCUCUGGCCGAGUGGUGUCUUUCUCCACUCCAAUCAUAUGGCGCCGGGGCCAUGAACCCCAGUCCUUCAUUCGCAGGAACCAAGAUGUCGUCUGCAAUUUCUUCACCUGGUUUUCAGACCAUAGCCUUCCAGAGUCGGACAAGAUUGCCGAAAUUAUCAAAGAGGACUUGUGGCCAAAUCCACUGCAGUAUUACCUGUUGCGUGAAGGAGUCCGUAGAGCCAGACGUCGCCCGCUAAGAGAGCCUGUAGAGAUCCCCAGGCCGUUUGGAUUCCAGUCUGGUUAAUCUCUGCCUUCGGAAAUACUGCACAGGGUCCCUUACCACCUCUUGC